CGCGACAAAAGGAAAUUCUCGAUAUCCGAAUAACAUCUUUUCAGAUGUUCUAAUUAUAUCAGUAUACUUAGGUUAGAAUUCUUAGAAUUUGCCUCUAAGAAUACUGUUGCGUUCGUCAAGCGUGUAAGAUUUUUUGAGUUCGUUAGCUUAGUCUGUACGCGUCGCGGAAUGAUCACAAAUUGGUAACACAAAUAAGACGUCAAGCGUUCAUUAAGUUGAACGCCGUCAGUUUUGGGAGAAAUUGCUGUCAAUCACCGUUUACAACUGUCUGUUGAAUUAAAAGAAGAUGUGGAUUGGUUACCGUUGGGUGGUGUAUUUAUUCCUCUUUAACUUGGACCAAGGAUAUUCAGACAGACAAAGGAGAUAUUUGUUAUUUACCACAUCUACGCAAUAUGGAAUCUUCGCGACGGUGUCGGUGCCACUGCACCCGGACACGACGACGAGCGUGGCGUGGUUCUACGAAGCGAACUACUACAACGUGGCCAACGCCUCAUACUUCGAACCGUUGCUUGGCGACGUCGCGUGGGGAAGAAGUGAAGAUAAACGUAGCGCUGAUAAUACCAAUGAGUUGUUAACUAGAAGACUCCUGUACACUUCCAUCGAAGCAAUGUUAGAAAAGAACCGUUUUCCGGGCCGAUCUUGCCUGUUAAGGGCUAUCUGCGAGGCAGCCACGUCCCAACUGACGCAUAAUGGCGUUUUAGGAGACCUACUGCAUCUUGCGCUCACGCCUUCAACAUCGAUGGAAGAGGCGGACGUAGAGGAGUGUUUCUACGAGGCGGAGCUCCGCGGCGCCCUGCGCGCCUGCGCCCGCUACCGCCGCCGCUGCCCCGACAACCCGCUCGACUACAUCUCACUACAAACUGAACAAUUCAUUCAUUAAUAAUAAAUUAAAAUCAAAGUC